CGGAUGGAUGUUGACCACCACUUGCCCAAGCUUGGCCCAAGCCGUCCCGAGUCAUUCUCGUUCCUGUGUCGAGUCAGUUCAGAGUCACUCGAGCUCGUUCUUGUGCGCGAGCUUGGCGGAGUGCCAGCACCUGCUAUAACUGGUCCCUCCUGCUCAGCCGGCGUAGACACGACCCACCCAUUCCCGCUGUCUGGCGUUUCUUGAGCAGAUAUGACUGCCGUCGAUCAGUCCGACAAUGCGAACGCUGACAACGCGAAACAAUACACCUAUGAUACGGGCAGGAAGCCGCCCCCCUUUGGGCAUGCUCUGCGUCCGUAUUGGGCUUUCGAUCCCGGUUUCGUGAACAUGAAUAACGGUUCAUAUGGGUCGCUUCCGUUACCUGUGCUAUUCAAAUGCCAGGAGCUGACGCUUCUCGCUGAGCGGAAUCCCGACAAAUUCCAUCGUAUCACCUAUAUGGGCAUGCAGCAAGAAGUCAGGAAACGCGUGGCAGAUGUAGUUGGUGCCGAAACAGAUGAGAUUGUACUCGUUCCCAACGCGACUCAUGGCAUCAACACCGUCCUCCGAAACUUCGAAUGGAAAGAGGGCGACAUCAUCAUUGAAGCCACGACGACAUACAACGCCGUUUCACGCACCAUUCGCUAUCUCAGCGACCGCGACGAGGCUCCCAGGCCUACGCCCGUGAAGAUCAUCCUCUCGUUCCCCAUGACGCGUGCGCAGAUCAUUGAGGACUUCCGUACGAAGAUCCACGAGAUCAAGGCUGCCAACCCGAACGUGGACUUCAGCGACACUCCACCGGAUGCGGCGGGCGCGCAAAACCCGAAGGGCAACAAGAUCGUCGCGGUGAUCGACUCGAUCAUCUCCAACCCGGGUAUGGCGCUUCCGUGGAAGGAACUCGUGCAGAUCUGCAAGGAAGAGGGCGUCUGGAGCCUCGUUGACGGCGCUCACAGUAUUGGCCAGGAGUUGGACAUCAAACUGAGCGUAGCAAAGCCCGACUUCUUCAUCUCAAAUUGCCACAAGUGGUUCUACGCCAAGCGAGGAUGUGCGCUGUUGUAUGUUCCGAAAAGGAACCAGCAUAUCAUCAAGUCGUCUGUUCCUACUUCGCAUGCAUAUGUGUCUCCUAACGAUUCGAAGCUACCUCCCCCCGGCGAGACAAACUUUGUUCUCCAGCAUGAGUGGACCGGAACGACGGAUCAGACACCAAACCUGAGUAUUGGCGCAGCAAUUGACUUCCGACAAUGGCUGGGCGGAGAAGCCGCCAUCAAUGCUUACUGUCACCAACUAGCCCUGGAUGGCAGCAAGAGGCUGGCAGAACUCUUUGGGACAAAGGUUCUAGACGAAACAGGAGAGUUCACUCUGAACUUGACGAACAUACAACUCCCACUACCCACGGAGUCUGCGAGCAGCGCGUUCUACACGCCACAGGCCCGCGAGAACAUCGUCAGGACAUUCACAAAGAAGCUGCUGCUUGAUUGGAACGUCUCUGCGGCAUUCUUCGUGCACGCAGGCGCUUGGUGGACACGUUGCAGUGCCCAAGUCUGGAACGAUAUAUCCGAUUUCGAGUAUGUUGGGAAGGCUUUCAAGGCUAUAUGCGCUGAGGUCUCAGAGAUCGUAGAAACCGGACGUGACUGGCCAGAGGCCAUAGACACGCGCUAGAGUUGUAUGGCUGCACGACCGAAGAGCCCUUCCAUGGGUUAGAGCCAUCGUAAGCGUUAAUGUAUGGUGCAUACUGAUCACUGAAAUGAACGCUCCGCGAAGCCCGAGUUGGUAGGCGGCUCAUCAGGCAUCCUCAGUGAG